CAGCGUAACAUAUUCUCCAUCAUGGACUAACAGAACCUGCUCAACCUUUUACACGUUCCAAAAACGUUGACCUUCAUUUUCAUCCUUUCUGUUGCCUUUCGAUGCAUGUUAUGGGCGAAACAAGCGGCCCUGUUCGCCAAGCUCCCUAAAAUCCAGCAGGAUGGCAGCAGUAAGGCCUGGCGAAAGAUGUAUCUAGACUCUGCGCGCAAGCUGGAUCAGCAGGGAUAUGAGAAAUUCAAAGACCAAGUUUGGGUGAUGCCGACGUCCGAUGGCCUCAAGAACGUGGUUAUUCCCGGCCAAUUCCUGGCGGAAUUGAAUAAAUUGCCAGGCAAUAUGAUCAGCUUUCCUGACGCAGUGCACAAGCUCAUGGAAGCCAAAUACACGAAGGUCGACCCUGAUGAACCGCUUGCCGCUUACUCAAUCAAAGCGGACCUCAAUCCGGCCUUGUCUCGACUAAGCCCCAUCAUCUUCGAGGAGGUUGAGAGGGCGAUCAAAGACGAAAUAACUCGCUGUCCAGAUUGGACUCCCGUAUUCAUCUACCCGAAACUGAUAAAUAUCAUUGCGAAGGUAUCGGGACGUAUCUUCGUUGGCCCAGAACUGUCCCGCGACAAGGAUUACCUUGACACCGCAGUCAACUACACCACAGAGCUGGUCAACGCAAUCCAGGCAGUCAAGAGUAUGAAGCCCUGGCUCCGUCCAUUUUUCGCCUCCAGACUGCCUGAAGUCCGCAAGCUCAGAGAGCGGGAAGAACUCGCAGAACAGUUCUUCGAGCCAAUUAUACAAGCUCGCCGUAACGCUGCCCAGGACCCUCAUUACGAAAAGCCCAACGACAUGCUUCAGUGGUUCUUAGAUCGAAGUACAGACUACGGCAUUCAGUCUACUCAACGCAUCGUCAAACUACAGUUGUUAGUGAUCUUCGGUGGAAUCCACAACACCACUGUCACAGCGACCAACAUCUUGUACAAUCUCGCCGUAUGGCGCGAGUAUCUCGAGCCGCUGCGCGAGGAGGUCCACACCGUAGUGGCAGACACUAGCAAGGAUGAAAUGAAUUCCCGCGCACUGCAACGAAUGGAAAAGCUAGACUCGUUCAUGAAAGAGACGACUCGCUUUUACCCGCCGGAAACGACUUCAUUUUCUCGCAAGACUGCCCAGGGCAUCACUCUCUCGAACGGACAAUACAUCCCGCCCGGCAGCUUGGUUGAAACCCCAUCGGAUGCCAUCGCGCAUGAUGAGACCACAUACUCUAAGGAUGAUAGGUUCGAUGGGUUCCGAUUCUACAAGAUUCGACAGGGUGCGACGGCAGCAGAGCAAGCUCGGAACCAGUUCGUUACGUCAAACGACAAGAAUCUCGUGUUUGGGUAUGGAAAACAUGCAUGCCCGGGAAGGUUUCUGGCUGCAGCGGAGAUCAAGUUGAUUAUUGCCAAGAUCAUCUUGAGAUACGAGUUUCGAAACGAAACCGUUGUGAAGGAACGGUAUCCUAGUCAUGCAUUUGGACGCAUGAACGUUCCCGAUGCAAGCAAGCCGUUACUCUUCAAGGAAAGGAAAGAGUAG